GGAUUUGGAGAGAUCCACGGGGCUUCGCACAGCCCGUUCCAGUGAUCUGAUCGGUCCAAAGCGCUUCUCCGCUUAUCAGCACCAAAAGCGACCACCUGCCCGUGCCCAUCUUCCUCUUUCGCCUCCGUUGAGGACCGCAAGCUCGUGGGAUAAUGAUCUCUCGCCAUUUAUCUAUAUUGGAAAUUGUUCAUUCUGGUGGUCCUGACGCGUCUGCCAUCAGACGCUUGAAUUAAUUGAUCUGUACAGCGUUCUUUGCCUUGGUUGACUUCGAUGGACCACUGCGAUAAGCGCUUCUCGACUCCGCAUUCCAACGCUCGAGCCGACUGACCGCGGCCACCAGUGCAACGACAAUGGCCGCCAGCGAUCCCAAGAAAGAUGGAGCGCCAAAAGCGAAGGCAGACUCUGCAUCCGCGACAGCUCCCCGUAAACGCCGCAAGAGAACAGUGGGAGGCGGCGCAGCAGAUGAUUGUUUCACGUGUGCGAGCAGAGGCGCGAAAUGCGAUAGGCGGCGGCCAUAUUGCUCUCAGUGUCUAGACUUGGGCCGGGAUUGCUCGGGAUAUAAAACAACCUUGACUUGGGGUGUAGGAGUGGCGAGCAGAGGAAAGCUUCGGGGAUUGUCUCUUCCAGUAUCGGGAGGGCAGCCAGUUGCUCCUCAGAAACGGCGCAGUUCGGCUGCUCAGGACGAUGAGAACAAGGUCAGAAAACGACAGAGCGCGCAGCCGUCUCCGAUUUCCUCUACGUUCCAAGCUGGCACUCUUACAGCGAAUACAUCGGCCUACCAAUGGCCCCGGUCUGCGGGGAAUACUGGUGCAUAUGCAAAUAUCUCCGAUCCAGCAGGCUGGAACCGAGAAGUCUCGAGUGCACCAUCCACCUCGAAUACACCGUCAUACCAGGUUAAUACAGGAUUCAACGGAGGAUCCCUUGCAAUUUAUAAUAAUCCAACAUCAGUUCCAUCCGAUCCAGGCUGGGGAAUCAAUGAUCUCAGUCAGUCACCGUUGCCUACUGCAGGAGUCAAAGUAGGAGGGUAUGCUGGUGGCCCUCCUCUGACAUCCAAUGACUCAAUCCGCCAUCAAUGGAUACGUGGAGCCCCUCCUAUACUUCGCGUUAGUGGCAAUAAUACACAGGCCCUUCCAGGGAGCGGUGCGAGUUCUUCCUUGUCUCCGCAAUGGUCUCCAUCUGGUCUGUCCAGUGAGACAGGCAGCAUGGACGAGGUUGAUGCGGAGAGCGCUUACAGAAGAUAUAGUCUCUAUCCCGACCAGGCGGUCAGUUUCCAUAUGUCCCUGGAUGCAUCACUUCCCAGCUCUCUACCACAGCUAUUGCUUGAUCAGUCGGUUGGCAGUACGCCUAGAAUCAGGUACUUAAUGAGCUACUACUUGGAAGUUAUUGCCCCCGUCAUAGUGGCAUUUGAUAGCCCCACAAACCCAUACCGCGUGCAUAUCCUACGACUGGCUCAAGACAGCAUGGCAUUGCAACAUGCAGUUGCUGCGUUAUCAGCCAGUAACAUGAGACAGAGACGGGAUCGAAAAAUAUCCUCUACGGAGCGUACACUGCCGGCUCGGAGAUCGUCCUUGGCGCAUCGGGCUUUGACAGACGGGAUGUUCUCACAACAAUAUGGCGUCGCCGACCCCGAUGAGCUGACAAAGGAAGAGCUGUAUCACAAAGGAAUGGCAAUCAAAUCUUUGAAUGCGCAACUAUCUGACCCCGUCUUAAGGCUCAGUGAUUCGGUACUCGCUACUCUCCUGAUUCUGUGUCUGUUCCAUAUAUGCGAAACCGGAGUGGCAAAGUUCCAGACGCAAUUUGCAGGAGUGAAGAAAUUGUUGGCUUUGAGGAGCCGCAGCCUCACUGGAGAAUCGGAAGAGGGUAAAUGGUAUACUAGGAUGUUUACGUGGUUCGAUGCUAUGACUGCAACGAUCAAUAACCGCGAAGGACAGCUGCAGGGCGACUACCUGGAUACAGCUGCCUCUUCGAACGAAGAAUGGGCACUCGAGAAUCUAGCGGGCUGCGAUGGCCGUUUGUUCAAAAUAAUCGGCAGUCUUGGUCGUCUGAAUCUCCUAAGUCAGAACAAGCCUGUGGAGUUUCGUUCUUCAGUGGAGAGUGCGCCUGUUACUGUCACUCUCCCACCGUCUAUGAUCCAUUACACCCCACCACCGGCCAUCUCCAAUGACAUUCUCACAUCUCUCUUUUCUCCCAUCGAACAAGCACCGUUGCAAAUGACUUCGAAUCCAGAAGACGUCGACGCGACAGGAAUGCAUACUAGAUUCUGGACCGAGUGGCAUGCUGUAAGGCAGGCCCUGGAAUCAUGGCGACUUGAUAUACAGAGUACACAGAGGAUGCCCUCCGUCUCUCAUGUGCAGGUGCCAAUCCUCCCAGCACAUAGCUACAUCUCACCACCAUCGUCGCCACUGUCCCAGUGCCUUGUGGCUCCUGACAAUCUUACGGAUCUGUCCAACAUCUCCGAGUCCUUCCGCUAUUCUGCUCUCCUAUACACGGAGAGACUUGCAUUCCCAGAUCUGCCAUCUGAUCAUCCGCGUAUUCAGAGUCUCGUCCUUUCGGCUUUACACUAUAUUUCUGCCGUUCGCUCAGAUGUCUAUCUGCUCUGGCCGCUUUUUAUCACCGGCUCUGAAUGCAUCUUUGAGACGCAUCGCACACUCAUCAGACAACGCUGCAAGGAUAUACAGAAGGACUCUGGAUUCUUCAACAAUAUCUCGUGUCUGGAGCUUUUGGAGAAAAUAUGGGCGCGAAGCCCUAAUGGCAAUGGCGAAGUCACGAGACGCAAAAACGCUGACACCACCACCGCUGCCGAGAAGAGUUUUUCCGGAGACUACAUAUCUGAUUCGAUCAUCACGUCUGAAGAUGGAAUGUCUUCAGCUACGACACACAAUGUAUACGCGCCCGGCAGUGGCGCUGGUUUUCGAUGGCGCAAGGUAAUCGAGAGUGAAGGUUUGGAUGGAGAGUAUAUUGUCGUAUAGGUACAUACAUUUGCGUCUUUGGUGGCUAUAUUAUACGGCUUGACAUGAGAGUUUUAUUAAACAGACCUACGAUCUGUCUUAUGGGGUCAACGUGGUUAUCACACGGAUCGAGGUGUUAGGUUUUUUGGGUUUAAUGUAAUACCUAACAAUGGACGAGGGAUCAUACAUAUUCCACUCUACAAGAGGAUCUAGGAAUUAAUGACUUGGGUUUACAGACUCUGUCCACG